AUGCCGCGCGGCUACAUCUCCUCGAGCAGCGACUGCGCGCGCGGCUGGUGGCGCCGCGGCUGGGACGCCGACAUCUUGUUCGCGCUCGCGCAGCACACGGGCAACGCUCGCGGCUGCGUGCAGGUGGCCGCCGACAGGGUCUUCGCCAACGGCUCCAUGGCCGGCGGCAUGCUGCAGCUGGCGCGCGGCCGCGUCGACCUGCACGGCAAGGCCAGAAAUUCGAGCCCCCUAAUCACAGGGGCUCUAAGCGCGUACUUUACUUGUGCCCUCUACCACUUUUGCACUGCCAGGUACCCGGAGAUCGCCCUGGGGAGGGUGGUGAGCUUCCUGUACCCGCACAGGCAGGAGAACCUGUGCGUCAUGGUCCGGAGGAACUGGCAUUCGGCGCACAUGGCACUGCCGUCGUUCUCGGUGCACAUCUGCGCGCUGGCCGCGCUCGUCCUCCUGCUCUUCUGGGCCGCCCUGGCUGUCGCCUUCCGAGCCCCCCCGCAGCGCGCCGCGCUGGAGGUGGCGCGGACCUUCAUCACAGGCGCCUUCGCAACCGCUGAGCGCCGGCUGAUGGUGUGGCUGAGCGUGUUCAGCUUCGUGGUGAUGAACGCGUUCAGCGGGGCGCUGGUGGGGGCGCUGGUGGCGCCGGACCACGAGGCGCAGGUGGACACGCUGGCGCAGGUGAACGCGCUCUACGACGUCGUCUACUCCACCAAGGUGACGGCGGAGGCCAUCGCCAACAUCGGCCGAGAGGAGGACCCGGUGGCCUACGCGCUGGCGCGCAAGGUGCGGUCUCUGGGGCAGCCGCAGUGGCGCCAGGUCAUCAGCGCCGCCGCCUCCGGCGCCGCCCCCGCCGCCGUCCUCUCCACGGAGACCGGGCUCGACAUCUUCCGCAGCUACCCCAGCGCCUCAGCAGGCGGGGCGCCCCUCUUCCACAAGGUGCGCGAGUGCGUGCUGUCGCCGGCUUUCUACGCGUUCCCGGUGCGCGCGCGCUGGCGGCUGCACGAGCGCUGGAGCGGCCUGCUGCAGCGCCUGGUGGAGGCCGGCCUCGUGGACAAGUGGUGCGCCGACAACCUGGCGCGCAUCGCGCGCGAGAACAACGGCACGCGGGCGGCGGGCCAGCGCCCCGGCGCGCCCACCAGCGCCUGGCGCUCCGCCACCCUGCGCGCGCCGCCUGGCGCGUGGCGGCGGCGGCGCGCGGCGCUGCUCUGCUUCGCGGCCGAGCGCUGGGCGGCGACGGUGGGUGCGCGCUGCCUCCGAUUCCGAGGUGCAGCGAGCGGCCCUCUAAGUUGGAAGUGA